AUGGACGAAUUUGGGGUCUCCAAGCUAGCACUGGAGUUGUCUGACUCUUAUUUUGAUUUCAUUGAAGAAAUUGAUGGCGAAUGGGUUAACGUAAUUUCAUGGUCGUAUAAGGAGGCAUGUCUUCUUGAAAUUAAGGUUCAUUGUGUUGUGAAUGAUGUCAUGAGUUCUGAACAUGGGACGAAAGAUUUGUUUGCAUAUGUUUUUACCCCUGAGCAUCAAGGAGGGAAUGUGAAUCUAAAAUUAGGCUUAGGCCAUUAUUUUUCUGCUCUUCUUUCACAAAUGAAAAAGGUGGAAUCUACUAAGGCGGUGGAUUUUUCCGGUGAGAAUGAUUUUAUAAACUUUGAUACAACAGCUUUGAUAGCUGUUGUGUCAGGAAUCAGCAAUGGUUGUGCAGAGGAACUUUUGAAUAAACCACAGGUUGAACUGCAAAAUCGGUUCAAGGGAAAUUGUGAGUUUGUGAUUGCCCAGGCAAUGUCUGAAAUUCUGAACCCAAUACAUGUUGACCUGCGUGCUGCUGUAUCCGGAAAGAGAGGCAUAAUAUGUGAAAGUGUUCUUUCAGAGUUCAAGGAGCUAAUAUUGAUGUGUGGAGGAGCUAAUGAGAAGCACAGAGCUGAUCACCUACUGAAAUGCCUCCUGGUUGUGCGAGAUAGGCCCUCUGAACGACUGAUAGGCCUGCCAACUACAAGAAAGCUGGCACUUAAAAACAAGAUUGUGUUUGGAACUGAGAUUACUGGCAUGCUCCGACUUUGA